CGCGAAUAGGACUGAGGGGGCGGGGUGGCCGAAAUUUCCCGCCGAGCUGGCCGGUAAUCCCCUAGUCGGUGUAACGAGCUCUUCUGCGUCUGUCAUGGUUCGUCCGCUAAACUGCAUCGUCGCUGUGGCCCAGAAUAUGGGCAUCGGCAAGAACGGGGACCUUCCCUGGCCCCCGCUCAGGAAUGAAUACAGGUAUUUCCAAAGAAUGACCUCAACCUCUUCAGUAGAAGGUAAACAGAAUUUGGUGAUUAUGGGUAGGAAGACCUGGUUCUCCAUUCCAGAGAAGUAUCGACCUUUAAAGGAUAGAACUAAUAUAGUUCUCAGUAAAGAACUCAAGGAACCUCCACAGGGAGCUCAUUUUCUGGCCAAAAGUCUGGAUGAUGCCUUAAAACUUAUUGAGCAACCAGAAUUAACAAAUAAAGUGGACAUGGUUUGGAUAGUGGGAGGCAGUUCUGUUUAUAAGGAAGCCAUGAACAAGCCAGGCCAUGUUAGACUGUUUGUGACAAGGAUCAUGCAGGAAUUUGAAAGUGACACAUUUUUUCCAGAAAUUGAUUUGGAAAAAUACAAACUGCUCCCAGAAUAUCCAGGUGUUCCUUCUGAUCUCCAGGAGGAGAAAGGCAUUAAAUACAAAUUUGAAGUAUAUGAAAAGGACAAUUAAUGUGAAAGUGUUUCCUGAUCUAUUUCAAGCCUUCUCCUCGCCUGCAAAAAAGAAUUAUGUAUUUUUUGUUGUAGAGACUUCUGUUGACUUUAGAUCUUUGGAUAGUUAUUUCUAAGCAAAGUACUUUUAUUCCCCAUUAAUCUUAACUAGACUGUAUCAGAUAUUAUUUGUGAAACAUUUCUUGCUGUAACUGCCUGAAUGCCCAUCAAGGGUCGAGAAUAGGUUACCAGCACCUGCCUAGGGUAGAAUAUAUACCAAGACAGCUCAAAGUGGGAGAGUCCCCUGAUAGCACGAGUUGAAACCAGAGCCUAUAGAGCUAGGAGCUAGGAAGAUGAGUCCAAAAGUCAGAAAUGGAUUAUAAACAGAAGAGCUAGCAUUCAGUUAUUAAAAUUAGAUCAAAAGAGGGACUGUGAAUUACUGUAUAUCACAUUUCUGAAAAAAUAUUCUGUUCACCCAGACUGCAAGUCAGUAAGUUGAAAACUCCAGGAUAUUCCACAGAGAUAGUAAAGAGGCAGGUACGAAACUACCUUUUCCAUGGUUAAAGGAGAAGGUCUGAGACCUUUAAAAACUUUAUUUCUGAUCUUCAAUGAGAGCCCAUGGCAUGCUACAAUGAUAGAACAAGAAUUGGCUGCCCUUUACAAAAAAGAAUAAUCUAAUAUCAAGCAUAAUGGCUAAAAUUUUAAAUUCAAAGAGGUAAUAAAUUGAGAAUGAAUAUUGCUAGAAACCAAAAUUAGUAAGUUAGAAACUAAACUUCACAAAAUUAAAAAGUGAAAAUGAAAACAUGUUUUACCCAUCAUGUUAGCAAGGAUUUAGACUAUCAAGUAUCCAAAAAAAGAAAGCAUUUCUGCCUUAUACAUUGGUACAACCUUUUUAGAGUAUAGGUUAGCAAUACAAAUUAAAAUUCAAAACAUUCUGCGUUUGGACCCAGAAAUUCCACUUCUAGAACUGAAUCCGGAACAAAGAGAUGGACCCAAGAGUAUUUGUUGCAAAAAUUUUGUUAAACUUGGAAGCAGCCCAAAUGUUGAUUAAUAAGAAAUAACUAACCAAUAUGCCUAUAAAAUGUAACAUCUGCAUCAGUUUAAAAAAGUGAAGUACUGACAGAAAAAUGCCAAAAAUUGCUAAGUAAAAGAAGCAAAUUGUUUAAUAAAUGUUCAUGUGUAGGAAAAGCAUGCUGCAAACUGUUGACAGUAUCAGAGUUGGGCGUUAUUUUCUGCAUUAGGUAUGUUGGUUGUGAUUAGAUUUUUUUUGAAGCAUGUGCUUAUUUUCAUGAAAAGUUACUUAAGAAAUAAAUUGAGCUCUUAAAAAAAAAAGAUAGAAAAACAAAUUGAGCCCUUUAUGCUUAGCAGUAAAAUUAGGAUACAGAACAUCAGGAAUAAAAACAAAUGUCUGAAAAUCUUCCUUAGAGGGAAAAAAACAGAUGACACAGAAGAACAGGCAUCAACAUGGAGUAAGAUUUACAAACCACAAGAAAGCAGUAGUGCUCUCUGCAAGGAACAUAACCAGAAAACUAUUAGUAUCCAGAAUUUAUAGAUCUUAGCUGUCGAUAACAAAAAGAAGCAAGCCAUUGAAAGAAGAAACUUACAUGGCCAAAAAUAUAUACACAGAUGUACCUUCCCACUAGUAAUUCGGGAAGUGCAAAUUAAAACUACAGCGAGGUACCAUCCAUAUACAUCAGAUGUGGCAUUCUUGCCAAUACUUAACAUUGUCAGACUGUUAAAAUGUUGGCAAUAUUCAUUAAGGAUGAAGAUGCACCUACCCUUUGACCCAGCAGUUCCACUCAUCAAUACCAAGAGCAAACCUCCUACGUAUAUAUUGAGAGGUUUGUAGAAGAAUAUGGCAACCCUGUUUGUAAUGGUGAAAAACAAAACAACCUGCAAUUCCAGUGACAAGAAAAUGAGUACAUUACUGUCUUAGGUUGGGUUUCCCCCAAAGCACAUCCUCAGAUUAGAAUUUGAAUGAAGCAAUUUAUUUGGUAGAUGACACAAGAAAUCACCAAUUGGUAUGUGAAAAAGUAAAACCGGGAAGGUGAGAAGGCCAGUUCAAGGUCAGUGAGCAGGUUCCCAUUGGGUAACAGACUCAGUACUGCUGAGAUAUCUGGGAAAUGGUGGGGAGGAAAGCUGGAGUAUUUAUCCCCAAUUCAUUGAUUUGGCGCUGCUCCCAAGGUUGUCAGUUUCCUGACCUGUGUAUAGCUGAACAUACUUCAGCUGCUAGAUAAGAGUCCCAGGUGUUUGCAGUAAGAGGCUGCUGGCAUGCAUAGGAACAGAGAAUGCUAAGCACUUAAAGCCAUUCCAUAUGUUUAUGAUUAUGUAAGAUUUUCUUACUUUUUAAUAUAGUAAAAAGUAUAAAGCCACACAGUUUUGUUUGAAAUAUUUUACAGAAGGAGGAAGAUCAAUUACAAGUUCAGGAAAUGAAUGAUGAUAACUCAGACUAGAGGACAGGACAUAGUAAAAAUAUUUGAUUCAGGAUAGAUUUAAAGGAGGGAGGUAACAGGAAUACCUUUAAGGCAGGAAGGAGAGAGGUAAUUAAAAAAAAUAAAACUGAAAUAAUAGGACCAUGCCUUCAAAAUUCUGAGACGUUAUUUUCAACUGAUAAAUCUAUACUCAGCCCAACAAUAAGGGGUGACAGUAAAAUAAAAUAAAGACAUUUUUAGACAAAGACUUAGAUGUUACCUCCAUGUACUCUUUCUUGGAAAGCUACUGGAGGAAAUGCUCCAGCAAAAUUAAGGAAUAAAUUACCCAAGAAAGAGGGUGGCAUAACAUCCAGGAAAUGGGACCCAACACAAGCAAUAUUCUGGGUAAGUAGCUGGCUUAGAAAACAAUAAAAAUAUGAAUUGGUUGUUGACACUCUGGAGUAUUUGGAAAGAGGUGAGUUCACUGAAAAUAAAGCAAAUGUGGGGGGAAAGCUGUGGAUUAGACAACCAUUAAUUUCAAGAAAAAGGGGGGAAAAGGAAGGUAGAAGCUUAAUAUGCUGUUUUUUCUCAACAAUGAGUAAUAUGCACAUAAAGUCAUAAAGAUGUGACUGCUUAGCCUCUUGCUAUGGUCUGGAUGUUUACAUCAUGCCAAAAUUCAUGUAUCGAUAUCCUAACCCCCAAGGUGAUGGUAUUAGGAGGUGGGGGACAUUGGUAGGUGAUUAAGUCACUAGAGUCGAGCCCUUAUAAAUGGGCUUAGUGCCCCUAUAAACGAGGCCCCAGAGAGAUCCCUCACCACUUCCCCCGUCCAAGGGUAUGGUGAGAAGACAGCUGUCAGAGAGGAAGCAGGCCCUCACCAGGCACCGAACCUGCUGGUGAUCUGUACUGAUCUACUGUGACCUUGGACUUCCCAGCCUCCAGAACUGAGAAAUGUUUAUUCACAAGCCACCCAGUUUAUGGUGUUUGUUAUAGCAACUCAAAUGGACUAAGACACCCCUAAAUCUGAUAAUUUGGGGGACAGUAUGGGAGGAAAAAUAGGGAUGUGAUAUAAGAACUAAAUC